CUCGUCAAAAAUAAAUUGAAUACAUAUUUGCAAUAUGGAAAUUCAAUUGAAGAGGAAAAGAAGCGAUUUAAAAUAUUAGCUGAUUUAAAUCACCAAAAGGUUAUGUUUUUUCAAGGAAUCAGUCACGAAUUUAAAACGCCAUUAACGUUAAUGCUUUCACCACUUGACGAAGUAAUUAAUAUAUGUCCAAAAGAAACGCCAAUAAUGUCUCUUCUUCAAAUUAUACGACGUAAUACUCAUAGAUUACUUAAACUAAUUAACAUAUUAUUACAA